AUGCGCGACGCCUCCGACGACGAGGCCUCGGCGUCGUCCAUCUCCGACGACGAGGCCUCGGCGUCGUCCUCGUCCGACGACGACGCCGUCGAGGCUUUCAUCUCGCGCGAGACGAAGAAGAAGGAGCUUGAACUCUUUGAGCAACUUCUCACUCGCAUUCGACGCGCGCGCGAGCGAGACGUGGACGAGAUCCUCGGCGCGAGCGCUGAAGAACGCGCGCGCGAUCCAGAGGGUCUGAGAUGGGCGCCCGAGGCGGGGUUGGGGGCGGAGAGGGUGACGCGAAACGCGUCGCCGGCGUUCGGCGGACGCGGCUCGAGCGACGAGGACGUCGGACGCGUCGCUCGGUGGCCUCUGAAGCGAUGCGGGAGGAUUCGAGAGACGAUUGAUAUUGAUGCGGGAAAUGCAAUCGAUGGGGAGGAUCUGGUGACGGGGGCGUACGGGUACUCGAUCGAGGAGCUGGAACGGUUGGAAAGCGCCGGGUUGAUUCGUGAGCGAAGAGGUCCGGCGACGGCGUGCGAGCGGCACUUCAGGCGAUGGGGUCGGGUGUGGGAGGGGACGAUAUCGAUUCCAGGGUCUGGUGGAGACGACGAGUCGCCCUACGCGUUCCAGGUGUUGUGGUACGACGCCGUCGCGGGUCGGUAUCUGAUCUCGCACACGGCGCAGGGAGACGAACAACUGUGUCAUUUGACGAUGAACGAUGACGGUGAUGGGGAAACAAUGUCCAUAUCGUACGCGGAUAACGAGACGUAUUGCUCGGGCACGAUUCAUCGCGACACCGGCGUGAUCUCUGGAACCGUCGGACAGCUCGUGCGCGCGGAGGAGGGAUUCUUUGAGCAGUCGGAUUCGUCCCGAAACACGUUCACGCUGACGCCGGUUGAUUUCGAGGGUGAGCGACCGACGACGUGCGAGACACAAGCGCAGAUCGCUCGAGUGAAGCUACGCCAUCAUCUCGUCGCACAGUGGAGUCGGGGCGCCAAUGUGCUUCCCGAGACGUACAGUGCGAUACAACACGUCAAGGACCACAUGCGAAGCGAGCACAUGUGCGCGUACCUGUUACGAAAGAUCUCGCACGAAACGCUAUUGAUGCGCAUGGUAUACGAGCCACUGACGGAAAAAGAGCGCGACUUAGAACGUAACCUCAAGUCUCACGAUGUAGACGAAGAACCAUCGAUGAUCCUGGAAUUUGACGAGAGAGAGCGAGAAGUGGCGCGUAUGCUCUGGGCGACGUUUCCAACGCCUGGGGUGCUCGACACUACGCUCGUCGGCCGCGAACGCGACUGGUGUCAUAUUUGGACGAUGGAACGAAUGAAUGCAGAACUGUUGAGCUGCAAAUUUCGAAUGUACUCGCGAGUGUUGCGAGACCGAGAAUUUCCGACGAGUGACUACAAGGAAAAUUUUACCAAUGAGUUCAAGACGUUGCGACACACGUGUCACAUUGAGAUGAACCGAGUCGUCAACAAUAUGAACCUGUUGCUAUGGCGCAUGUUCUACGGAAGUGAGGUUUCUAGGAUCGAGCGACAGAUAUUGAUUAAGAACAUGGUGGGAAUUUUGCGAGUCGAGGAGGCGCGCAUGCUCAUAGCGUACGAAAAUGUCGACAAGGCGCUGCGCGAGUGCGAUGCUCGCCUUCCAUUGGACGCCAUCGAACGGCGACUUUCCGUCGCCGCAGAUGAGUCUUACACGUGCUCCAUUUGUUUGCUCGAGAUAGACAAAGGCGAAGAGGUCCUGACACUCGAUUGUUCACACAGCUUUCACCCGCCGUGUUGUGCACAGUGGCUGCAUGCGCACGCGACGUGUCCAAAUUGCCGAACCAUAUUAACGUGA